GCGGGCGGGAGGUCAGCCCGGAGGUCAGCGCGGAGGCCGCCCGAGCCCCGCGGGAUGAAGGCCGUUGCCUGGCUACGAGGCGGCCUCCUCCGGGCCUCCGGCGCCCUCCUCCGCCACCCCGGACAACGGGGACCCCCGGGACCCCCGCCGCCAGACCGACUUCUGUCCUUCUGUCAGUUGGAGAACUUCCUCCUCGGAUGCGAUCAUUCAGUUAGAAGAGAACUUCAGAAGUCAUUUACCUCCCCCUCGUGCUUCCAGGGGGAGGGCCCUGCCUCCAAGGACUAUUCGCUGCCCAACGCCUCGUGGAGCCGGGAGCUGAGGGGGCUUUACGCGCAGUACAUGGAGCGGUGUGAGGACGACGAUUGGGAGCGCCUGCCCUCCUUCUGCUGCUACACCCCUGGGGUCGAGGACACUGUACUGGACCCCACCACCACCCGCAGGCCCAUCAGUACGGGUCGACACCGCCCCCUCCCGGCCGCCCAAGAGAUGUCCGUGGAGCCCCCGAAGUUCACGCAGCCACCGCGCUUCUUCACCCGCGGCAUCCAGGGCGAAGGGCUGGGCUUUGAGUACGUCACCUUCUACAGCAGCCAUCAACAGAAGGCCGAUUGCCUCUUCCAGUCCGGCCCUUUCCUGGAGGGAGCCCCGGGGUUCGUCCACGGAGGAGCCAUCGCAACCAUGGUCGACAGCAUCAUGGCCACCUGCGCCGUCCUGGUCAGCGGUGCCGUGAUGACCGCCAACCUCAACAUCAACUACAAGAGCCCCGUCCCUCUUGGCUCGACCAUUGUACUGAAAAGCUGGGUGGAUCGGCUCGAGGGGCGAAAGAUAUUCAUUACCUGCCACAUCCUCAGUGCCAACCAGGAGACCCUCCACGCCGAUGCAACGAGUCUUUUUGUCAAACUGGACCCCGACAAGAUGAUAUGACGGGACUGCGAGAGACUGCCUCCGCCACAAAGGGCCUCCGAAGUGGCCGAUCCAACCAGAUUCUUGAUUCCCUCAUUUUCUCCCGCUCCUCCCGCUGACGGAACCCCACGGCGUCUCCGGGCCAACCCGGGCCGUGGACUCAGUUUCCCCCCCAUUUGAGAAACAGCGGGGUGGGCGGGGAGGGACUCCGUGAGUGGAAAAUGUGGGGCGGGAAUGUCUCUGAAGCCACUCUGAGACCAGCCUUUCCGGGAACUGGGACCUGGAGCCUGGUGAGGACCUGCGUGCUACUGGUGUGGCCGCCCCAAAUUAUUUUCCGUUCUCAGGGGCAGGUAAAUCAGAGCAGUUUGGGGGUGAUGGUGGACGGGGAAUGAAAUCCCCCUUUUGGAGCAGCUGCUCAAAGCUUUGUUGGUUGGGAUAUAAUAAAAUGUUCUAGAGAGUUG